UUCGUCGCCGUUUCGGUAGAAUGCCACCAUCAUAAUAGGAUUCAAUUAAAUGCCACUCUCAAGCCCUCGACUAUUCACUGCAAUACCAUUUUACUUUUUUAUUUGGCUAUUCACUGCAAUACCAUUUUACUUUUUUAUUUGGAUUUCUAAAUUGUUUUUUCCUCAAUUUAUUUUUUUCUUGGACUUCUAUGCCCCUGGCUCAGUAGGUUGAACCGGAGAGGAGGGGUGGCGACUUGGGACCUCGCCGGUGGAGUAAGAGAGGCGCUGCCGCCUUCACCAACUUGGCCGCACCGCCUCUCCCACCGAGCUGCCUCUCCACUCCUCGUUGUGUCGCGCUGCCUCUUGUGGCCAGUCGAGCCGCGCGCCUUUCUCGUCCUUGGCGCCACCGCCGCAAGGACGGCAGUGUACGGCAUCCUCGCCCCCGUCAACCGGGAGAUGAGCGCGUCGGUGGGCUAGGAGGGUGCGCCGCCACAAGAUUUCUCCGAGGGCGCAGCCAGCGCGGUUAGGGAAGGCGGCGGAGAACGAGGUGAGCGGUGCCGGCGCUGUUGGGGAAGACGGCCGCGCGGAUGGCGAGGGAGGCAGCGCGGGUGUGCCUCGGUUGGGGAAGGUGGUGCCGCAGGCGUGGCUGCCCCUCCCUUUGGUCUUCUCUCCUCUCCCUCGGCUAGCGCAGCGGAACAGCAACAGAACAAUGGUGGUGGGCGGCGCCGGUGUCUCCACCUCUUCUCCGCUCGCGCUCACGCUUGCGUGCUCGAUUCAACCAAAUGAGAGAGACCAAGAAGAAACCAAGUCCGAUUCAACCAGUUGACCCAUGGGCAUAAACGUACAACAAAAAUUGUAAUUGAGGAAAAUUAAUUUCGAAAUGUAAAAAACCACGAAAGUGGCAUUGCAGCGAAUGCGCGCAGCUUGAGAGUGGCGUUUGAUCAAAUCCCAUUUUGACGGUGGCAUUCUAACUAAGCUAGUUUUUAUGGGUGGCAGAUAUGCAAAUUUCUCACUCCUGGGAGGGGCGUGCACCUCACGUGCGCGAGGAGGAGCAAAGUGCAUUCGAUCUGUCCAGUUAUUUUUCAAUGAUCUGGUCAACCCAAAUACGAGUGGAAUAUUCGCUUUUAAAACCAACCCAACCUGCUUAGUCUUGAAACCAAAUAACUUUAAAAAUGGGAUGGCCUCAACCUGGACCUAGUUGUUAACAUCAAAUUUUGGUAAGCCCCAAAGUCAUCAUCGGUUUAGAAUCACUAUUGGCUUCAGCAUCUUGGAAUUGGCCGAUGAGAAUUAUCAAGUCGCCAAUAGUCGCAUUCUUAGUAGAUUCGGUUAAGGAAAUUAAUCUAUUAAAGGAAGUUUAUCCAGAAGUGACCGAGUUCAAGGAGGAUGCGGCAUGGUAGUUUAUCUAUUAAUUAGGAAGAGUUUUUUAUUUUCUUUUUAUCUUUAGGAAAGUGUGCUUAGUGUCCGAUAAGAACUUUAUGUUUUUAUUUUAUAUUUAGGAAAGUUUCUUUCUUGUCCAAUAAGGACUAGUAUCUACCCAUGGAUAUAAAUAUGUACACCUAGGGUAAUUAUAAACUACCUCUCGAUCAAUAGAACUACUAUCGGUGCAUCACCACCCUCUUUUCCGAGGUUUUUACUUAUCACCGGUGGAACUUGGCACCUGAUGCGGGACUGCAUCGGCUUUCGAUCUUCGGCGAAGGGGUAAGUCCUAUGUUUUACCGACCCUGGUAAUUGUAUCGGCUACAUUGGUGUGGUUCAAGGCUGCAUCGCUUCGACCUCUCAAAUCACUCUGGUUCGGUUGAUAUAUUUGUCUGCCUAUUUAUCAUAUAUAUAAGUUAAUCUAGUUUGGUAGAUUUACUUGUAUCGGCUGGGAUCUGCUUUAGAGUUUUUGCCGGUAUCAGCUAAAUUGCUUUGCCAGAUUAGAUUAGCUAAGGUAUCCACCUCUCUUAAAGUCAGUAAAAGGCUUGAUUGUUUAGACUUUAUGUUUCUUUGCAUACUUCGAGUUUCAUCGACCUUAAUCGUGCUUGGAACUAUAAAAACUAACCUGCCUUUGAUUGCCAAUAAGGGUUUCAUCGGGGUUUCAACCGAUGAGUUAUCUGGAUGUUGCAUCGUCUUCUAAGGAUUACACAAGUUGGAUUCAGCCAAUCGCAAUAAAGGUUUCAUUGUUUAACUAAUCAUUUGGAUUUAAUGACAUCGGACUUCCAACCGAUGUAUGCUUUAACCAUCGGAUCACUUAUUCUAUCAUAUUAUUUUUAGACGAUUGGUUUCUAUUGAAUUAUAUUAUUGUUAUAUUACAUUAUCAUUAGCCGACUGUGUUUAUAUCUUUAUUUACUCAAGUAUCAAAAUAUACGGGAUAUAUAGCCGACAGUUCAAGACUCUAUUGACAUCAGUUGGUAUCGGCAUCGGCUGGAACUACUCCAUCGGCUUGUCAGCCGAUCAGCUCUUUGGUGAUCAACAUAUUUGUCUAUUUUGUCAAUUGCAAGAUCAAACUGAUAGGCACGCCAGCAUCUCAUCAAUAUUUUGGAUAUGCACUGGAGCUAAGCGGAUCUCCUAGGCCAUUGUGUUCGUCGACUUAGUUCGCGCUAACACAGAUCUGGCACCAUCGGGCGAGCGUGGAUUUUUCGUCAAUACUAGCAAAACCCUCCAACCAACAAGUUUAGGCUCUCUUUGUUUAGGCUUAUAAGUUACUCCUUCCAUUUCAUAUUAUAAGUCGUUUUAAUUUUUUUUUUCAGUCAAGCUUCUUCAGGUUUGAGCAAGUUUAUAAGAAAAUUUAGAAACAUCUACCACAUCUGAUUAGUUUUAUUAAAUAUAAUAUUGAAUAUAUUUUGAUAAUUUAACACUCUUUAAAAUGUGUUUUGAUUAUUUGACAUCCUGGCCUACUUUCAUUCACUCAGAUGGUCCCACGUAUCAUCCUCACAAGUGUCAAUUAGAGCAAUUGGGCAAUAAAAAAAAUGUUAAAUUAUCAAAUAUAUUUCAUAAGAGAGAUGAAAGAGAGGGAGGGGAGACAGAGGAUAAGAAAAGAGUGGAGGAAGUUAAAACGUGGAGGUGGAGGAGUUUGGAUUAUAUUCUAUGGGUGGAUUUUUAGUCCACUAACAAUAGUAGGAGGCUAGACAUCUUUUAAACCGAGACUAAAAAUAAUUUUUACACCAACCGGGACUAAAAAUUAUAAAAUAGCGUUGGACUUUUCAACUGGGCCUGGCGUUGGACUUUUAGUCUCGAUUCCCAUUCAAACCAAGACUAACAUGGUUUUUGCACCAUCCAUCAAAAGAUCACUUCUCCGAUUAAUGGUCAUGGAUUGACGUGGAUGAAAGAGAGGGCCAACAAUGGUGAAAGCGUAGACUCCAACGCUGCAUCAGCAUCACGGAGGAAGGCAGCAGCGCGGCGCAAUUAGCGCGUGAUCGCAUGAUUAGUGCGUGCCGUACCGUGUAAAAAUACUCGAAGCAUUCGUCACUACUGAUCAGCGGCGAAUCCUUUAGCAGAUUCUUUUCUUGUAGCCUGCCUUUUGUUUUGUUAUUUCCUUCCUGUUUUGCUCAGUCUCAAGCUGCAUAUAAUGCUCUCAUGCAUAGUGAUAUAAUCAGAAGCACUCCUUUCACUCACCCGAGCCAACCAUGGCGAGGCAAACCAACGGCGGCGGCAGCAACAAGAAACCUUCUACUGCUGCCGGCGGCGAUGCCUCACCGGACAAGCAAAAUGCGCCGCCUCCCGAGGACAAGAAGCCGCCGCCGGACGGCACUGCACCGUCGCCCACCACCCCUGCCACCGGCAAUAAUAAUCCAUAAGGAUCCUCCGCCGCCGCCGCCGCCGCGACAGCCGGCGGCGGCGAAGGGCACGCUGGACGCCUUCGGCCGCGACCUCACCGCGGAGGCGGCGAACGCCGACCCCGUGGUGGGGCGCGAGGAGGAGAUCGACCGCGUGGUCUGCAUCCUCUCCCGCAAGUCCAAGAACAGCGCCGUGCUCGUCGGCGCCGCGGGCGUCGGGAAGACGGCGAUCGCCGAGGGCCUCGCGCAGCGCAUCGCCCGUGGCGAGGUGUCCGGCGUCCUGGAGGGGGCGCGCGUGGUGGAGCUCAACGUCGCGGCGAUGAUCUCCGGCACCUCGUACCGCGGCACGUUCGAGGAGCGCAUGACGGGGGUGAUCGCCGAGGCGGAGGCGGAGGCCGACGCGGCCGCCGGGAAGGUGGUGCUGUUCGUGGACGAGAUCCACAUGCUCCUCGGCGCCGGCCGCGUCUCGGGCGGCUGCAUCGACGCCUCCAACAUGCUGAAGCCGGCGCUGGCGAGGGGCCGCGUCCGGUGCCUCGGCGCCACCACGCACGACGAGUACCAUCGGUACAUGGUGAGGGACGCCGCGUUCGAGCGCCGGUUCCAGAAGGUGCACGUCGCGGAGCCCAGCGUGGACGACACCGUCGCCAUCCUCCGCCGGCUCAAGCCCUCGUACCAGGACCACCGCGUGGAUAUCCAGGACGCCGCCCUCGUCGCCGCCGCCAAGCUCUCCGGUCGCUACAUCCCAGCGAGGCACUUCCCGGACAAGGCGAUCGACCUGGUCGACGAGGCGUGCGCGACGGCGAGGCUGCUGAUGGAUCGCCGGAAGAAGAAGCAGGCGCAGGCGGCGGUGGCGCCCAAGGACGAAAACGUCGGCCCCGACCACAUCGCACAGUGGACGGGCAUCCCGGUGGCGAGCCUGGGGGAGGACGAGAGGAAGAAGCUGCUCGAGCUGCCGCAGCUGCUGCACCGUCGCGUGAUCGGGCAGGACGAGGCGGUUGGCGCCGUCGCCGAGGCGGUGGUGCGGUCGCGGUCGGGACUCGGCAACCCGAACCAGCCGUCGGGCUCCUUCCUCUUCCUCGGCCCGACCGGCGUCAGCAAGACGGAGCUCGCCAAGGCCCUCGCCGAGCAGCUGUUCGGCAACGCCAAGCUGCUCGUCCGCAUCGACAUGUCCGAGUACGUCAACGCCAGCUCCGUCACUCGCCUCAUCGGCUCCGCUCCAGGGACGAACGGGUACGACAAGGGCGGGCAGCUGACCGAGCUGGUGCGGUGUCGGCCAUACAGCGUGGUGCUGUUCGACGAGGUGGAGAAGGCGGACGCCGCCGUGUUCAACGUCUUCCUCCAGAUCCUCGACGAUGGGCGGCUCACCGACGGGCAGGGCCGCACCGUCGACUUCACCAACACCAUCAUCAUCAUGACCUCCAACCUCGGCGCGCAGCACCUCGCCGACGCCGCCGCCGCCGACGCCAGCCACAAGGACGACGCCACGGAGGCCGCCGCCGCCGCCGCCAAGCAGCGCGUCCUCGCCGACGUGCAGAGGCACUUCCGGCCGGAGCUCAUCAGCCGGCUGACGGAGAUGGUGGUGUUCCGGCCGCUGUCCGGCGAGCAGCUGCGGAAGGUGGCGAGGCUGCAGCUCCGUGGCAUGGCCGCGCGCCUCGCCGAGAAGGGCAUCGGCCUCGACGUCGCCAACGCGGCGCUCGACGUCGUGCUGGCGCGGUCGAGCGACCAGGUGCGGGCGUACGGGGCGCGGCCGAUCAAGCGGUGCCUGGAGAAGGACGUGAUGACGAGGAUCUCCAAGAUGGUGGUGCAGGAGGAGGCGGACGACGACUGCUACGUCACCGUCGAGGCAGACCAGGGGAAGGAGGAGCUCGUGUUCACCGUCGACAAGCAGGCAGACGCAGAAGAGAACGACGCGGCGGCGGCGUCGUCUUCGUCGUCGGCGGCGGGGAAGAAGAGGAAGCGGAGGCCGCCGGCGAGGUAUCUCGUCGUGAUUGACGACGACGAAUAGUGAAUCCAAUCCUGAUCGUACUGAUCGUUGGGCUAUGAUUUCUCACAAUUUGGAACUGUGCCUCAAAAUUCAGAUUUCUGAAUUCUGAUCAAUCCUCAAUGUUCUUUUA